AUGAAUGCAGUUCUGAGAGUACCGCUUCUGCUCACUAUCCUCUUGUCCACCAGGACCAUUAUUGCUAACCCUGGAGAUGAAGAGAGAAGAGAUAACAAUAACGAAGAAAGGAGAGAUAAAAAUGGAAUGAUUUUGAUAGAUUUGGACGUAUCUGGAGAUAUUCCAGACAAGAUAAAGGUGAUCAAGUCCAGGACACUCUUUCAUCUAAAUCGCUAUAGAGUCGCUCCGGAAUACAAAACACACUACAGAAUAGGCGCAAUUAGUGAUAAUGGAAUGCGAGUUUUGGACGAAAAUCAUCAAAAUUUGCCACAGUAUAGCAACAUUAUGGAAAGACAAGUCAGCCUGUUCAGAGACAGAUACGGUACAAAUGUAGUUAGAGUUACGGAUACCUUCAAGAUUGAGAAUUCUAAAGUCAUAAAAAAUAUGUUGGAGUUUAUAAAUAAACCGGGAAAGUCUUUUUAUGCACUACUAGUUAGAUACCAUAUAGACAUUGACCUGUUGGAUCCAGGCACCCUAGACAAGCUAAACGUCCACAAAAUUGAAGGAUCAGGAUUUACGGUCUUUCAACUGCGGAAAAAUAUGCUGACCCACGCCUAUAUUGGCGUAGUAAAGUACGGUGGACAGAUUGUACAUGAAGCUCUGAGCAACGAUGUCAUUGAACGGGAGGUGACUCUAGACAACAGCCCAGAGAGUCAUGCCAUUUUAGUAAGGUCAACAAUGAGGGACGGAAGCUCUUCUUACUCGAAAUACCUGGUUGUAGAAGAUGGGAACGGAGGAAGGAUCGUUCACGAGGAAACCAAGACCUUUUGA